CGUCCGCGGACCUGCCACACGAGGAUGUAUUCGUGUUUACUGAAAUAAGAGUAUUUUAGCGAUUCUUUUAUCAUCAGGUGAUCUCACCGAGCUUCAGAGGACGAGGUAAAUCAGAAAUGGGCGACUUUUCCUCCCUCGGUCUGUCAGACUGGUUGGUUAAACAGUGUAAACAGCUGGGAAUCAACAAACCCACUCCAGUCCAGGAAAACUGCAUGCCAGCUAUCCUCCAAGGUCGGGAUUGUAUGGGCUGUGCCAAGACCGGCAGUGGGAAAACAGCAGCGUUCGUGUUGCCAGUGCUGCAGAAACUCUCAGAGGACCCGUACGGCAUCUUCUGCCUGGUGCUCACUCCUACCAGGGAGCUGGCCUAUCAGAUUGCAGAGCAGUUUCGAGUCCUGGGGAAACCUUUGGGUCUGAAAGAAUGCAUCAUCGUCGGUGGAAUGGACAUGGUGACCCAGGCCCUGGAGCUGUCCAACCAACCGCAUGUAGUCGUAGCAACGCCGGGCCGACUGGCCGAUCACAUCCGGAGCUCCAACACCUUCAGCAUGAAGAGGAUCCAGUUCUUGAUUUUGGAUGAGGCGGACCGGCUGCUGGAGCAGGGCUGUACCGACUUCACCAAAGACCUGGAGGUGAUCCUGGAGAUCCUGCCGGCGAAGCGUCAGACGCUGCUGUUCAGCGCCACACUGACCGACACCCUGCAGGAGCUGAAGAGCAUCGCCAUGAACAAACCGUUCUUCUGGGAGAGCAAAUCAGAAACACGAACGGUAGAGGAGCUGGACCAGAGAUACAUCCUCACUCCAGAGAAGGUGAAGGACGCCUACCUGGUUCAUCUGAUCCAGACAUUCACCGAUGAGCAUGAUGAUUGGUCCAUCAUCAUUUUUACCAACACGUGCAAGAGCUGUCAGAUCCUCACCAUGAUGCUGCGGGAGUUUAACUUUCCAACCAUCUCUCUGCACUCCAUGAUGAAACAGAAACAACGAUUUGCAAACCUCGCCAAGUUCAAAGCCAGCGUCUACAAAAUCCUGAUAGCGACUGAUGUAGCUGCCAGGGGUUUGGAUAUCCCAACUGUCCAAGUCGUCAUUAAUCACAACACUCCCGGUCUUCCCAAGAUCUACAUCCACAGAGUCGGGCGAACAGCCAGAGCAGGGAGAAACGGAGUGUCCAUCACGCUGGUUACGCAGUACGACAUCCACCUGAUUCACUCCAUCGAAGAACAGAUUCAAACCAAGCUGAAGGAAUAUCCUGUAGAGGAGAAGGAAGUCCUGAAGAUCCUCACCCAGGUCAACGUGACCCGGCGGGAGUGUGAGAUAAAACUCGAGUCAACAGACUUUGAUGAGAAAAAAGAGAUCAACAAGAGGAAACAGCUGAUCCUGGAGGGGAAGGAUCCAGAGCUGGAGGCCAAGAGGAAAGCUGAGCUGGAGAAGAUCAGGAGCCAGAAGAAGAAGUUCAAACAGAAAAUCCAGGAGAGCAUUCAGAAACAGAAACAGCUAAAAAAGAAACUGAUGAAGAGAAGACAGAUGAAAAAGAAAGAGGUGGCGCAGGCAACUGUAUGAAAACCGCCUCAUGUAUAUAUACUGCACACUGUAUCUGUAUAAUACCUGUAAUAUUUGUACCUGCAAAUAAACUUCAAGCC